AUGGCAAGUGGGAGAAUCGUAGUUUACGGUGGUCGUGGCGCUUUGGGCUCUGCAUGUAUAAACCACUUCAAAAAUGCAAACUUCUGGGUUGCAAACGUUGAUCUUAACCCAAAUGACAAGGCAGACGUAAAUAUAACUGUGCCCAAGGACGGUUCCUGGUUACAGCAAGAGGAACACGUAGUCAACGAAUUGGGCGCUGCACUACAAGGUCAGAAAGUGAAUGCUGUGAUUUGUGUCGCCGGUGGCUGGGCCGGCGGCAAUGCUGCUAAGGACUUGAGUAAACAAGCGGAUUUAAUGUGGAGACAAUCUGUAUGGAGUUCGACCAUAGCCGCAACUCUGGCUUCGAAAUACCUGUCUCCUGGUGGCUUGUUAGCUUUAACUGGUGCUAAAGCAGCUCUGGAAGCUACUCCUGGUAUGAUUGGUUAUGGCCUUGCUAAAGCCGCUGUGCAUCAACUCACUAAAUCCCUAGGUGCUAAGGAUUCCGGUUUACCAGAGAACUCUUUAGCUGUUGCCAUUCUGCCAAUAACAUUAGAUACAGAAAUGAAUAGAAAAUGGAUGCCUAAAGCCGAUUUCAGUACAUGGACACCAUUAAGCUUUGUUGCCGAGUUGUUUGAUAAAUGGUUAAAGGGAGAAAACCGGCCUGAGAGUGGAAGUCUUGUAGCAUUAGUUACUAAGAAUAAUAUUACUGAAGCUGUUGUCCAAUAA